AUGCCGCCGCGAGUGACGCCCGCCUCCCGCGCGAGCGCUGUGGGCCUUCCAGCCUCUUCGUCUCGCGAGGAUCCGCCGCUGGCGACGCGACGUCUCUUCGUGCCCGGUUUGAUUCGCACGAAGCAGUCUCUCAUUCCUGUCAAAGUGCCCUCCGCCUCGCCGUCCCCCGCGACCGCCUCGGGGCCCUCUCAGCCCGCGCGCGGCGACGCGCGAGGCAGAGGGCGUGCCGCCGCGACCCCUUCUGCCCCCUCGGCCGCGGCGGGCGCCUCUCGCGCACCUGCAGCUUCUUCCGCAGAAGCGCCUUCUUCUUCGCCUUCUUCGCAGUGGGUAGUUCGCCGCGGGGGGUCGGUAUCUGCGGCGGCUGCUGGAGCUUCUGGCGCUGCCGUCUCGCGGCCUGCGCAGGGCGAAGCUGCCAGGCCGGGCGGCAUAUCGUCUCGGAUGGUCACGCACAACCAGCGCGCGGCUGGAGGCGAAAAGGAAGGCUCCGCAAUCCGAAAGAAGGGCGCAGCCGAAGCGCCGGCGACUCCCGCCCCCGUCUCGGCUGCAGAGCAGAAGGGGAACGCCGACGCAGAGGACAAGCUGAAAAGCGCAAGAACUGCAGAGAAUGCGACUUCUGAGAGUGUCCAGGCGACGACGGAGACGUACAAAGCCAAAACGAAAACGAAAGUGGUUGUGCGUCUACUCCCUCCGUCGAUCCAGGAGGAAGAGUUGCUGGCUCUCGUGGCGGAUCCGCUGAAAGAGAAGAUCACCUGGCGGCGUUUCUUCCCCGGCAAACAAAGCAAGUCGGGCGGCAAAACAGGUCGAAACAGCAUCUGGUACCUCAAUUUCACAACUGCGGCCGAUGCGGAGGACUUCAUUAAAAGCUUCCACGGCAAGCCCGUGGUCGACGAGCGCCACAACGUCUUCAAGGCGGUCGUGCGCCUCGCGCCGUACCAGAAAGUCCCGCGGAAGACCGGACCUGACCGCCGCGAAGGCACGUUGGAAAACGAUCCGGUCUACGUGGAGUUUUUGCAGGCCCUCGCAGAAGGAGCUGCGGACGCGCCGCGCCUUGCCCCUCCGGGGACGGAGGAGCUCGAAACAGUUGUUGACGACGACGGGGUGGUGCUUUCUUCGCUUGUGCUCGCGCUGCGAGAGAAAUACGGCGUGAAGACUCUUGUCAAGGGCAGUCCCUACACUCUCUCUAUGUGGCGGCGCGCCGUCGUCGGCGAAUCGUCACGGGAUGAACAGGCUGCGCCGCGAGUGCUUCGAAAGGAGAAGGCUGAAGAGAAGGCGCGGCGAGGGGCCCGUUCAGCCAAGGCAAGCGGCCGAGGCAUGCGCGCGAGGGACACAGGCGCGUCGAUCAAGGCUCCAGAAGGGACUCCCGCGGCUGGCGAGACGCCGGCUAGCCGACAGGCUUCAGUCUCUACGGCGAGACAGUCGAAAGCGGGUGACCUGCAGCAAUUGCGCGAGCGGAAAGCGGCGGCGAGCGGCAGCGGCCGCGGCGGCGUCUGGCGCGCGCUCUUGGGCAUCCAAAAGAGGCCGAGUGCGCCUGAAGGCGGCGCCAAGGCGCAGGGCGAAGAGGAGAAAAUGGACAAGGCCUAG